GUAAAACAUUACUGGAAUGUUGUAGAAAGAAAUGAAUUAUCAUGAUCAUGCUUUAAGGUACAGCUAGCUAGUUAGCGUCACUACUUUUAGCUUGCUGGCUAUCGGGGUUUUUCGGUGGGUUAACUGCGCUGUAAAGCGACGGUUUGCAGUUAACUAGCCCGCUAUAGUCAACCGUAUACGGCUGCAGACAGCACCGACUGGCGCUGUAAUGGUUUCCAUUCUGCCGCUGUUCGCGGUCUGUGACCUAGUUUUUUAGCUAGCUAGCGCGUUUGUUAGCUCGGUUAGCUGAUGGACGGUUUUGCGGGCGCUCUGUGCGACUACUCUGGCGUUGUUUGGUUUCGGUACUGGGGUGCUUAGCUAGGCUAGUUAGCAGAAAUCCAGUACGGAUGUCUCGGCAGGCAGCUUUGUCCCGUAGUCUCCGGGACAACUCGAGUUGGUAGUCAGCAUAUCAAACGGCAGUGAAGGAGUGUCCGUGGUACGAGCUGAUUCCAGCUUUAACAGGUAGCAAGACGUGUUAAAUAGACAGCUGGUCUGGGAUAUCAUCCAGCCGCACACUAAUAACGUUAGCGCUCAUGCUAACUAAACCAGCUUCGAGUGCUGUCGCCUUGCUCCGUCUGGCAGUGGAGCAGCUAUAGGGUUGUCCGUUUUUCGCGAUUCUGUUCAACAUAAGAUUGACGGAUUCAGGGCCCAGAUCAUUUCCUAUCUGCUAUCCUCCUUAACUCGUUUUUCAUCUGGCUAGCUAGUCAGCAGGUCCCUCUGUUUUUUAAUUUUUAAUUAUUAUUUAAAAAAAAAAUAAAAAAUAUAUAUACACACACAUCGAAAGGCCUACGCGAUGUGCAUCAUUUUUAGCAGCUAACAAUUUCUCCUCGUGUUUGUUGCUGCAUCGAAACGUUGAAAAACCGGAACCACCUGCUAGCAGCAGCCUUCGUGCUUCUUUGAGGAAAAAGUCGGAUCUUUUUCUGAACCACUGCGGCGAUGACGCUGGAGUCGAUGAUGGCCUGCUGCUUGAGUGAGGAGGCCAAGGAGUCGAAGAGGAUCAACGCCGAGAUCGAUAAACAGCUUCGCCGAGACAAGCGAGACGCGAGGAGGGAGCUCAAACUUCUCCUCCUGGGCACGGGUGAGAGUGGCAAGAGCACCUUCAUCAAACAGAUGCGCAUCAUUCAUGGCUCGGGUUACACCGACGAGGACAAGCGCAGCUACACCAAGCUCGUCUACCAGAACAUUUUCACCUCCAUGCAGGCCAUGAUCCGUGCCAUGGACCACCUUAAGAUCCUGUACAAAUACGAGCAGAACAAGGCCAAUGCUCUCCUCGUGAGGGAGGUGGAUGUGGAGAAGGUGUGCUCUUUCGACCAUCCCUACAUCAACGCAAUAAAGAUGCUGUGGGCCGACCCGGGGAUCCAGGAGGCCUACGAUCGCAGGAGAGAGUAUCAGCUGUCUGACUCCACCAAAUACUAUCUAAGUGAUCUGGAUCGUAUCGCAGAACCAUCCUAUCUACCAACCCAACAAGAUGUCCUUAGGGUCCGUGUUCCUACUACAGGGAUCAUUGAAUACCCUUUUGACUUGCAAAGCAUCAUUUUCAGGAUGGUGGAUGUGGGGGGCCAGCGUUCAGAGCGCAGGAAGUGGAUCCACUGCUUUGAGAAUGUGACGUCCAUCAUGUUCCUUGUUGCACUGAGCGAGUACGACCAGGUCCUGGUGGAGUCAGACAAUGAGAACCGAAUGGAGGAGAGCAAAGCCCUUUUCCGGACGAUAAUCACCUACCCCUGGUUCCAAAACUCCUCCGUCAUUCUGUUCCUCAAUAAAAAAGACCUACUGGAGGAAAAGAUCAUGUACUCUCACCUGGUUGACUACUUUCCAGAGUUUGAUGGUCCACAGAGAGACGCCCAGGCAGGACGCGAGUUCAUCCUGAAGAUGUUUGUGGAGCUGAACCCUGACAGUGACAAGAUCAUCUACUCGCACUUCACCUGCGCCACGGACACCGAGAAUAUCCGCUUUGUCUUCGCCGCCGUCAAAGACACCAUCCUGCAGCUGAACCUCAAAGAGUACAACCUGGUGUGAGGAGGAAGGGAGGGAGAGGAGGAGUGAGAAAGAGGGACACCUGCAGCCCAUGCACAACACGAUUUUUAAUGUAUCCUACGUACAUCCACGCUUGUAACAUAAUCAAGAUUUAGACUGACACAGCUCUGCUCUUUUCAGGCACAGAUGUUUUUGUUCUUAUAUUUGACCAGGUUUUUUUUGUUUUUGUUAGUUUGGGGGGGUUUCUCCAUUUCUGACGGCGUUAUCAGUUGUUGCAGGCAGCGUGUUGCCUUAUCCCAUCAGCUGAUAACUCCAUUGCUUGUCCCUCCUGAUUGGCUCUCUAAUGAGAGAGCUAGGGCACUUAGUCUGUGUGUGUAUGGUGGUCAAAAAGGGGCACAGUAGCUGAGUUGCAGCUGAGUUGCUCCAGCUGAGUGAGAAUUGAUGUAAGAACCUCAUCAGAGGAGACCCUGACCUUGAUCUUAGGAGAAAACGUUCUGAAUGUAGGCCUAACUGCAACUCCGUGUGAAAUGCCAAGCUAUUGGCACAGGCAACAUUCUGGCAGGGCAUUGAGUGCAGUUUUUAUUUUUCUGCAUGCCUCUCGAAGGCUAAACCUCACCUUGCAUCUUUGAAUGUAACUUGGUUUGAUUUUUAACAUCUAACCUGGAUGUUAAGACAUUUCAUGCCAAACGGCAGAGACCGUGUGCAUUUUGAUUUUUGUAUAUUAGGAAUAAUUUCAACUUUUCUCACAGCCCUACUGCUGUAGUAAAGAAAAGGUUAUUCGUGAGUUAUGUGAAAGUAGAUUCCCUUCAAAUUAACGGGGUACAUCAGUGCGUGUCGUCACCUUGCCACGAUUUCGUGUGUAGUUUUUAGAGGUCCUUUAUUAAUAAAACAGCAUAACUCGCAGUGGGUUUCCUCUUCCAUCUGUACCAUUUGCCAAAUUUCUAGUUAGCUAAUUUGAAGUUAAUUUGUUUGCUACAUGUUUUUGCCAGUAUUGGUUGCCUACUUGGUACAGUUGAAGGGAUUUAAAAAAAAAUAAAUAAAAAAUAAAAUAAAAAAAAUUAAAAAAAGGAUCUGUAAUGUAUUUAGAAGUUUGCAAAACAAAUUUGUAUUUUCUGUAUGUUUACAUGCAUUGUUAAGAAUGAUUAGUUUCAGUAUAACCCAGGUGUUAUUUUGCCACAUAGUAUCUAUUUCGACAAUGUGAUAUGGUUACGAAAUACUGUUGUUCUGGAGUGCGUCAUGCUUACUUCAUGUUGAAAUUUACAAUCAUUUUAGUAGGUGGUGUUUGUGUGGCAACAGUUUGAAGUAAACUCUAAAAGCAGUACGAUUCCAUAGUGUUCAAACUGCUGGUUCCAUGAAGAACGUUUCUUUGGCCGACGUUGUUCUACACAAGCGUGCUGUACAAAAGUGAAAUCGAUCUUUUCUAUUUAUGUAAUUUAUGGACCAGAUAUAUAAAUAAUGUUAAUAGGACUUUUUCCCCUCCAAUGGUUAUUUGAAUUGAAAGGGGAGGAGUCCAUACUGCUGUAAAAUCUAUAGGCUAAUGAUCUACUUUCAGUAUUUUGUACAUGCUUGUCACUUCUGGGGUUUUUUUUUUUUUUUUUUUUUUUUAGAUGCUUGACAAUGGAAAGUUGAAUUGCCGUUUCAAAGAUGUGCUUUAUGCAAAUAGGAAACGUAAGAAUUUAUUAGUGGUUAAAUUCUUAGUAGGCUGUCAGUUGUGACCUGAAAGGUUCUGCUCGGUAUCGAUUUUAAUACCGUAAUCCUAGUUUCACUUCGCUUCACGACUGUCUACAUUUCAUAGCUGUUGUGGUAAGGAGAUGAUUGAUUUUUGAUUUUUUUUCUUUUUUUUUCUUUUUCUUUCCAAUGUAAUUCAGGUGAGUUUUCAUACUUUCAUUAUAAGGGCUAAUUAUGGGUGACAUUGACAGGAUGCAAGAACGCUAUUGAGUCUAAAACAGCAAUAGUUGCAAUGAAGUGAGUAGCUGAAUCGGGGUGACGGUGUGUUCAUGUGUGGAUGAUGGGAUGAUUAUCGUCUCUGCACAUUUAGCUUUCAAAGCGUGCCGGGGAUACACCUGACAAAUCAUAUGUUUGACUACAAUGCGAUGGGAAGCUCUGGGUAAUUCUAGGCUUCAAAGAAAAGUUCUUUUCACUUUUUUUUCUUUUCUUUUUUCUUUUUCUUUUUUUUUUUUUUUAAAAAAAAACCCUGAUUCUUGCGCAGUGGUGUAGGAUGGACUGCAGAUUGAAAUGUAGGUUUAGCAUUGGAGAGGAGUUCAAGUGAAUAGUGGAACAUGCUACACUGUUCCAUUUUUCACAAGCAACUGGCAUAGUUAUGCAAAUUUUGGUUUGGUACAACAACAGAACUCUGCCUGAUCUCUGCGUCAUGCUUUGGGGCCCUGUUAGGACAAACUUUUUUUUCUUCUUCCCCACCCUCAUGGUGGCACCUCUUUGAUAAUUGUAUAGUAAAGAUGUAUGUGCCAUUAUCAAUGGUAAAAACAUCUUGCUUUGUAUUAUAUUCCCUUCACCGUCUGUGAGCUGUGUGUUUUUGGUAUUUGUUGUUAACAGAACACGCAGGUUGUGCAGUUUGAGAACAGGAUUAGUGCAAAUCUUGAUAGUGCCACAGAAAUCACACAUGAUGAUGAUUUUUUUUUUUGAUGAUUUCACCUGAAUUCCAGAAACCUUUUAAUCUUUGUCUCGAAAGUUUCACUGUUCAACUGCACAUGUGACCUGUCUACAUAUGACUUGCAUUGACGCCUGAAAGGUUAAAGAUGACUCCCUUCAUCACAUGCUUUGUUAAUGUCACAUGGGUGGGUGAUGGAUUCAGGUGCCAGGCCACUGCUGCUGUAUUUUUAUUUUUUAUUUUUUUUCUUCUUUUAAACCUCCUUGAAAUGUGCAGUUUAUGGUAAGAUUAAACUUUUAGCUCACUCAAACUCUAUCACUUGUACUUUUUAAGUGUAUGGGCGAUUUGUGCCAACAUAACGGUAAUAUCAAGACCCGCCAUAUUUAGCCAUGCAUCUCUGAUUAUAUGAAAUGUACUUGUACUUGUUUAUAUCGAUAUGAACGCUAAGGUUUGACUGCAUUGUACAGACGCUGCAUACACUAGAUCCUUUCAUUUCUCACUAACAGGAAACACUACAGAUUAUUCUUGUAGGUCACGUAUUGCAAAAACAGACUUUCUACCACAUGUAAGCAUUAUUCUUUCAUGAUGUCCAAAGGGCAGCAGUGACAUUUGUCCAGCUGCUGAGUUCUCAAUGUUGACUUUUUUUUUUGUUGUUCUCCUUGGGUCAGUGCACCAAACCUGCUUAGCACUAAUGGCUGCCGUUUAUCUGUUUGGUCAAGCACAUUCCUGGUACUUGGAGAUGUGAACACUAAUUAACGGAAUGGAUGCUUUUGCUUGAGGUCCAUACCUACAUGAUGGAUACAGGAAAUAUGAAGCUAACUUUUUUAGUUUUCUUUCUAAUAAUAAUUUACCUGUAUGUAGGACCACUUUGAUUUUUUUUUUUUUUUGGUUGCUUUUUUGAUAACAGGUUUUGUUUUUUGGUUUUUUUUUAAAUUGCGGUGUAUAAAAUCAAAGUAUUGUUGUGUUGUUUUUUUUUUGUUUGUUUUUUGUGUGUGUUUUUUGAUUAGCUUUUUUUAAGCAUACCAAAUGUAAAUGAUGUACUAUAAUGUGUGCCAAUCCCCUUUCUUUGUAGAGCCAGACUUUUAACAAGUGCCAAUAUUGUGUAAAACCAUAAAAAGGACUUGGUCAUUGUAUUUUAUGGUCCUGUUUUUAAAACACCAAGUAUGUGAUUAAGUUAAGCAAAUAAAGGACACUUCUAUUGCGUAUUUAAGGUUAAAGAUGCUAAACUACUUCUGUUUUUAAAUGAAAUUCCAUCUUAAAUGCAUGUGUGACUGAUUUGCUGGGGUUGGGUGGGUGAGAAGAGGGGGGAAAGGGGGCCUAAUUCUUGCUCAUUUACAGUGUUUUAGCCAUAUUUCUCUUUUCUAUGGUUCAUUUCAGCCACUGUUGCCUGAAGCUCAUUCAAACAUGGAAACAAUUUUCAUAACCUUCUCCUUAAAAGAAAAACUAUCUGUUUUAAAUUGGAAUAAACUUUGUUCCUAUA